AGUUUAAUGACAGCACUCCUUUCCACAUUCGACAAAAAGGCUCUAGUUUUUCACUCUCACUUUUGCUAUAUAAGCAGCACAGCCUUUUGAGUUCUAAACGAAAACCGUUUCAGCUCAACAACACGCUGCCCUUUUACAACCGCCACUUUCCCUUAAAUUGCAACGAAUAUGGCACCAAUUUCAGCUCUUUUGCGGAGAUUCUUCUCUGAGCGCCCAAGUUGAAUUCUACUUCAGCGAUCGUUAGAUGCGUGUACAAAGAAUCUGCAGAUGGAGUGCUCUUUGUCGUGUAUGAUAUGCGAUAACAGAGUCUUGAUGGAUUAUAGUUGAUGUAGUUUUGUUAUUGUUGGAUUGUGGCGGAGGGUUCUGUUAGAAAAUUCAGGAUAUUAUAUGAAUAUGGAGAUGCAAAGGUAUUCGAAGAGAGGGUAUAGGACGGGAAUCUCGUGGUUUUGUUUAGUGGUUUUUGUUGCAAGUUUGUGAGUUGAUCAAAGAAGGUUUGUUGUUUGAUUGGUGAGGUUUGGCUUAUGGUUGUGGGAGUGGGAGAGAGGAUGGGGAAAGAUGAUAUUUUGUUGCUGCCAACGGUGGGACCUCCUAUAAAGAGACGGUUGAGAAGGAAACAGGCUGGAAGAGGUUCCUACAGAGGAAGCUAAGAUUUGGAACUACACAUCGACAAGGGGGUGGAUAUAGGGAGUUUCUCGGGUUUCUUUCUGGGUUAGAGUUGGGUGUUACUGGUAGGAAUUUUAUUGGCUGGGAGAAGGAAACAUGGCAAGCCAAUUGCAACAAGCACUGAGGAGCUUGUGUUUCAACACUGGUUGGAAAUAUGUGGUCUUUUGGAAGCUCAAGCAUCGAUCAAGGAUGAUGUUUACUUGGGAGGAUGCCUAUUAUGAAGGCAACCAAUAUCCUGACAAGAAUUCAACAGCAGGUACUCUGAAUGAAGGUUCUUAUUCUCAUGAUCCUUUGGGAUUAGCUGUUGCAAAGAUGUCAUAUCAAGUAUAUUCUCUUGGAGAAGGGGUUGUUGGGCAUGUGGCAGUUUCUGGGAAGCAUUCAUGGAUAUUUUCGGAUCAGCAUGUUGUUGAUUCAUCCUUCUCAUCUGAGUAUUAUGGUGCAUGGCAAACUCAGUUUUCAGCUGGCAUUAAGACCAUUGCAGUUGUGGCUGUCAUUCCACAUGGAGUCGUACAACUAGGCUCUCUUCAUAAGAUUGCUGAGGAUGUGAAGCUGGUUGACAAUAUCAGAAAUGUUUUCUGUAAUCUGCAAGAUUCCUUAGCUGGUUGUAUCCCAAGCUCAUUAAAGAAUACUUCUUUGUCAGAUACAUGCAUAAGAGCUUCACAUCCAGCUUUUCACCAUUGCUUAGCUAAAGUAAAAGGGUCUGCUCACGGGGAUGAGGUGAAUUUGUGGUCUCAGUUGGUUUCACCUCUUGGGGAGCCUGUUAGUAAUGAUCAUAUUUUGCCUCCAAGGGAAGGCUUUUCAAAUAAAAAUCUCAAAAUGAAGAUGCAUGAAAGUGCAGAAUGCUCGAUUUCUGUGAAUGAUAUUCUACUUCCCUCAAGUUGUGAGAAUAUCCUUAAAAGACAACAACAAGGAGAGGUGGACUUUGUUAACAACUCAAAACAUGUUGGAGAAUCGAACGGUGUUGGGGAUUCAGGGAAGAUAGCAGAAGUUAUUUGCACGGCAUCCAUCAAGAAUGUCAGGACUGAAGGUUCUCAAAUGGUCACAUCCAAUGUUCGUACGCACAAUCUCGAGUCUCCAGCUUUCCCAGAUCAUGCUGAUAUUAAUUUUCCAGAACUUCCGAGCCUGCAAAUGCGUCGAGAUUUUGCAAACCCAGAGCUACCGAUCAGGUCUAAUUGUGUUGAGAUGCAGAGUUCACCUUUCAGUUUUUGUGCUGGCUAUGAACUUUUUGAGGCAUUGGGACCUUCUUUCCAGAAACAAAAUGAUUGUAUCUGGGAGGCAAAAAAUAUUGGUUCAGAGAUGGCUGUUGAGAUUUCCGAGGGAAUGGACAGUUGCAGUCUGCUGAUGGAGAACUCUGAUAUGCACCUUCUAGAUGCAGUGGUGGCUAAAGCUAGUCAUAAGGGAGCCGACACAGAAAGUGAGAUUUCAUGCCGUGAUACUGAGGAAUCUCUAUUGACUGCUGAAAGAACACCUUGCAAUAGUGUAGGUACUCUGAGUUCGGCAGGUUUUUCAUUUGACCGAGACACUUCAAGCAGCUUCAACUCAGUGACAUGUGGUGUUGAGUCUCUGAAAGGUAUCUCACCAACCAGUUCUAGUAGAGGCAGUGAACAUGUGGAAAGGUCUCGGGUGUCAGUAAAGAUAUCUAAAAAGAGAGCUAGACCUGGUGAAAGUUGUAGGCCGAGGCCCAGGGAUAGACAGUUGAUCCAAGACCGGAUAAAGGAAUUGCGAGAGCUUAUUCCAAAUGGAUCAAAGUGCAGUAUUGAUUCACUUCUCGAGCGAACAAUUAAGCACAUGAUCUUUAUGCAAAGUGUAACGAAGCAUUCAGAAAAGCUACAUAAAUGCCAUGCUUCAAAGUUGCUUGACAAGGACACUGGUAUGAGGAAAUUUUCACAUAGUGAGCAGGGUUCGAGCUGGGCUGUGGAAGUGGGAAACGACCAAAAAGUAUGCCCAAUAAUAGUUGAAAAUAUAAAUAUGAAUGGGCAAAUGUUGGUUGAGAUGCUUUGCAAAGAGUGCGACCAGUUUCUUGAGAUAGCAGAAGCAAUCAGAAGCUUGGGUCUAAGUAUUUUGAAAGGCGUGUCAGAAGCCUAUGGAAAUAAGGCUUGGAUGUGCUUUGUGGUUGAGAAUAACAGAAGCAUGCACCGGAUGGAUGUUUUAUGGUCAUUGAUGCAGCUUCUGCAACCUAAAAUCUCAAAUUAAUUUGUGAGUUCAUAACAAACAAAUGAUUAACUAUUUCGAUCUCAACAGCCCCGAUGAAGCUGGAGAUUAUUGUGGAGGCUUCUUCUCUAUUCCAAUCCAUCGUAACAUUUUUUUUGUAUGUAUUCAGUAGCAGGGUCAAGCAAAUUUUUCUUCUCUGUUGUCCGCGGCGGUCUGCGACGAUGUGUAUAAUAUCUUCUGUAAUUUUGAGUGAUGGUGUGAGUUUUCUUUUCCUACACUUUUAGCUGCAGCUAUAUAACGUUUUUGUGUCUAGUCUUUUGUAUUUUUUGAGAUCAUUCUUGUGUGCAGUCUUUGGUUGAUAUACGUAUGUACUUUACAUAUGGUUGUAAUUGACUGUUGUUUAUGGGUAACACAAAUUUCGUACAAGCAAAGUAAGAAAAGAAAACUAGUGUGGUGACAUUGAGGAACA